CCAAUCCUGCAAUCCCUCCCUCCCUCCCUCCCUCCCUCUCUUCCAUAGAGAAACAUAGGAAUCAAAGCAGAGGAAAUGGCUGGUUUUGGGAUUGUAUGGGCAAUUGUUGGAGCAGUGUUGUGCUUGGGAGUGCCAAGCAUGGCAACGGUGUACACUGUUGGGGACACGGCAGGAUGGGCAAUGGGGACUGACUACACCACUUGGACCAAAGGCAAGACUUUCGCGGUUGGUGAUAGCCUUGCGUUCAACUAUGGUGGAGGGCACACGGUGGACGAGGUGAGCCAGAGCGACUACAGCAGCUGCACCACCGGAAACUCCAUCAGCUCCGACAGCAGUGGCAGCACCACCAUCCCUCUCAAGACCGCCGGCACCCACUACUUCAUCUGCGGCUCCAUGGGCCACUGUGCUGGCGGAAUGAAGCUCGCAGUCACGGUCAAGGCCUCCUCGCCUUCCUCCUCCGGCUCCACCACCCCUGCCUCCUCGGGAUCUCCCCCUUCUUCCACCACCACGACCUCCCCUGCCACCACCUCCACUACCGGGUCAUCCUCAGGGGCAACCGUGUCACCCAUCGGACCUUUCCUGGCUUCAUUGGUGGGGGCGCUAGCGCUGGUCUUCCUCUCCUAAAACUGAUCCAUCACCUUUCUACCAUUUCUAUUUAGCCAGGAUAGAGGCAGUGCAUAUUAUUUCUCCCUCUGUGUCCCCUUUCUGUUUUUUUCACUCUUUGUGGUUUCUUUUCUCCGAGAGUUAGCUUCUGUUUUUAGGACUUGGAAUAAUAUUUCUCUUCGUUACGAAUGUACCUAAAUUAUGUAUUUCGUAAUUGAAAUUAAUAACUUCCCUUAUUUCUUGA